GGCAUGGACAGUUGCACAAUUUAUCUUAGUCAAAAGCUCCAUGUUCAGCUAAAAAUAUUGAAUGAGAACUUUUCAAUAGUUCAUAGCAAUUAAACUGUCGUCAACUUUGAUGCCCAGAUUGAAGACGCUUCCGUUCGUGUUUUUUUCCCAAGCUGCAGCUUUUGGCACUGUUUACUCAUUUUGUUUAUUGUUGCGGGAAAAAGAAACCGAAAGAAAAAACCAUGAACUUUCCCAUGAGGCUGGCCAUUGGCUCUGCCUGUUCUUUGCUUUUCAUUAUUCUGGUCGGAUUUGUGGGGUUUCCGAAGAUGAUCAAAGGCAAAGUAAAAGACAUGGUUAACCUGAAGCCGGGCAUGGAAAUCCGAGAAAUGUUUGUCAAAGUGCCGUUUCCACUCAGUUUUAACGUCUAUAUUUUCUCGGUGCUGAAUCCUGCUGAGGUGCAAGGCGGGGCCAAGCCACACCUAAAGGAAAUGGGCCCCUUUUGCUACAAUGAAUGGAAAACAAAAAUCAACGUUGAAGACAACGAGGGAGACGAUACGAUUAGCUACGAUCCGGUGGACACUUUUGAGAAUGCAAAGCGUCCGAAAUGCCUGAGUGUGGAUACUCUAGUAACCAUUCCACAUCCGAUGAUUUUGGGUAUGGUAAACACGAUACUCCGUCAGAAACCUGGAGCAUUAACGCUAGCAAAUAAGGCCAUAAAGUCCAUCUGGUCGAACCCCAGUUCUUUGUUUAUCACUGUAAAGGCGCAAGAUUUGCUUUUCGAUGGCGUAGUGAUCCACUGCGGAGUCAGCGACUUUGCCGGCAAAGCUAUUUGCACCAACCUGAAAGCAGAGCCAUCGUUGACCCAUCUAGGUGAGGACGAUUUGGGAUUUUCGCUGAUGGGACCGAAAAAUGGUACAGCUGGAAAACGAAUCAAAGCCUUUCGCGGAACUCAAGAUUUUCAUAAAGUUGGCCGCAUCAUUGAGUUUGACGGCAAAUCCAAACUGGACGUGUGGAACAACUCGAAAUGUGACACAAUUGUUGGUACUGAUGGUACCAUAUUUCCGCCGAUGCUCAAAAAAGAGGAAGGACUGGCGUCGUUUGCGCCGGAUCUAUGCAGGUCGCUGAUCGCUCAGUUUGACAAACAUGACAAAUACGAUGGGAUCCCAGUCAGCUCAUUCUUUGCCUCGUUGGGCGAUCAGUCGAAAAACCCGGCUGAAAAGUGCUUCUGCACCACCCCGGAAACGUGCUUGAAGAGAGGUAUGUCGCAAUUUGCAAUCUUUAUAUCGGCCCACCAAACAUUCCGAUUUUACCUGGCAGGACUGAUGGACUUGUACAGAUGCGCAAAAAUUCCUCUGUAUGUGUCUUUGCCACACUUCUACGAUUCGCAUGAAAGCUAUUUAAAGGGUGUCAAGGGGCUGAAGCCAGAUGUUGAGAAGCACGGCAUACGAAUCAUGUUUGAAUUGUUGACAGGCAGUCCAUUAAGUGCCAGAAAGAGACUUCAGUUCAACAUGCCUUUGGAACCCAAUCCCAAAGUGGAGCUUUUCCAUAAUUUCACACCAACGGUACUGCCGAUUUUCUGGGUGGAGGAGGCUGUCGACCUGAACAGUACUUUCACCAAACCCUUGAAGACACUGUUCCUAACCAAGAAAUUAGUCAAUAUUGUGAAAUAUUUGGUGCUGCUGAUGAGCAUCGGAGGUUUUUGUGCAGCAGUAUAUCUCUACUUCAAAUCUGAUGACUCCAUGAAUGUGACAUCCGUCCAGAAAGUGCAGCCUGAUCAGAACGGACACAGAAACAUCAUAAGCACUGUCUUCAAUGGAAACCACACAGCGGGACAAGACAAUGAAGCUUAUGAAGACAAGUACUAAAAUAAUGCAGUCGUGUCCAAAUAUAUUCUGGCUGUUUCUGGUGGAGUUUUAAUCAGUGUUUUGGCGUUCUCCAAACGUGCCUAAAAGUUUGCAUCUUCUGAGGUUUAGGAGUAGUUGCUCAAAAACAUGCUGACGUACUUUAGAAUAGUAUAAGUUUGCAACCUUAACAAGUGAUUCAAGUGCUUGCAAUUGUGGCACUACUACUGUGUUUAUUUUUAAUCUCUCAGCUUAAUUGAAGGAGAAAGUUUAUUUGAGAGGGAUUGAACUAUGUAGGAAAAGACAAAGUUUUGGUUGUUCGGAAUCUUCUCUUUUUACAUCUACAACUGCUAUAAGCAAUGUAACAGCUAUAAGCAAUGUCUACAGUAAUUUUCGUCUUUAUUGUAUAACCAAUAAAUAAUUACUAGAAUGACAAAAAAAUUUAGGAAGUAUUGAUUUGUCCUUUUGCUUUGUUUGUUUUUGUGUUUUUUGUGCUGAAAAAGUAAAAAACUUUAAAGCGGAAAUUAAGAACAAGGAAAUGAUAACUUCUUUCGGAUUGAAGGUGAUUUUUUAGAAACACGUUACUUUGGAAAACUUAAAUGUUCUUAACGAAGAUGAAGCAAUUUAAUUACUUGUUGACGCAUUUUUCAAAACAUUGUUGCAGAAACAACAGUAGUUUCAAAAUUUGUUAAAAUGCACAAAAAUGUCUCAUGUUUGAUUGCACCUUUAUAAAUUUCACCCAAAAAAGUGGCAAAUAAGGAACCAUUUCAGAUUACCAUUUACUAGAUGUAAAUUUUGGCCAAAAUAGUUUCUAUCUUUGAUUCUAGACUUAGGAAGACUAUUAAAUUAGUGAUAUUAUUUUAAACUAACUAUAGUCUUUGUACAACUUAAAUAAUAAAUGGAAAAUUGUACCAUGGUCAA